GGCCCGAUUUUGACGCAAGCGCGCAAUUCACCAUUUCAAACUUCAGUAACGGUUGCACAGAUUAGUUCAUCUCAAACUUUGUUUUUGUGGCCUGAAAGCCGGUAAUUAUUUUGCUGAAAUCAUGGCCGAUGCAUUUGCUUUUAACGCCCGACAGUAUUUCGAUUUCACUCAAGAACACGACGAACUAAACAGUGAUUCUUUCUUUGAUGAAAAUGUAGAAGAGAACGGCCCUUUAGGCCAGGACCUGGAAGAAAAUUUCCAAUGCAAUGGAGAGGUUUUUGAAAGGGAGGUGUCUGAUCCCGAAAGUGACUAUUUCUUCUCCCCUAUGGAGGAUACAAAGACGAAUAGCUCGACUAUUUAUCUCAAAAGUCGGAUGCGGAAGUCUUUGAGUAUGAAUGAUUUACGUCUUAAGAAAGUGCCAAAUCAAAACGGACUCGAUCGAGCCAUGGAUGAGUUAUGUCUAAAUAACCACCAACUUGCAGAGCCCAGGCCGAGUUCUGCUUGUUCCUUGAACAGCAGAAAAACAAUCUCAAAGGAACACAUCAAUCGAUUAGCUCAACCUAAACGUUACACAUCGCACGAUAACUUGGCCCGACAAUCGUCCAUGACUUUAGCAGAGGCUGUCAAUAAAUUCCAAGCUGGGACACCCAAACGCUUCCGCUCCAAACCCCUAAACAGUAAAGCCCCACUAGGUCCAACUAUCCCAAAAACGCCCAAAUUUCUCACAAACGCUCGUGUGCGUCCAGUGACAGCACUCUCAAAGGAAGAGCAAGAAGAGAGGGAGCUUGAAGAAGCCAGAAAGUUCAAGAUCAAGGCAAAUCCGGUGAACAAGAAAGUCCUAAGGGGCCCCAUGAAGCCCCCAGUCGAUAAAAAGUGCCCCACUGUUGCGGAACCCUUCCAUUUGACUGAAGUGAGGAAGAAGCCCGAGCCCGAUGAGCCUGAUAAAGCCCCCUCAUUCAAGGCACAACCUGUGCCUAAAAGUUUGCACAAUCCAUUCAGAGUCAUACCCAAGGGACAGCCCCCGACCCAGCCUGAGUCCCCCAAUUUUUCGAAAAAAAUUGCCAGAACCACACCAAAUAAAGUAACGAAGCAGGAAGAAGCGCCAAAACCAUGCAAACCUACAAACACACAUGUCAAACCGUUUAGUUUCGAAGAACGCGACAAGAAACUGAUGAAGAAGAAAGAAGAAUUGAUUAAUAGAUAUCUGGAAGAAGAGAAGAAAGCUCGUGAGUUCCACGCUAGGCCAGUUCCGAAAUCUAUACUGAGGUCGAGGAACAACAGCCAGGAAAAUAUCAGCGAUCCUGGAUCGUCAAAAUCAUUUAAACGCAGCACUGAAGAAUUGGAUUUUGGCACUUUCAAAGCACGGCCCGCCAAAGUCUUAACUAUGAAACCUUUUGAGCCGAAAAAGUGCGAGGAUCAUGGAAUCGUGAUCAAAGAGUUUCAAUUUGCGACCAAUCAAAGACUUGAAAAGCGACACGAGUUUGACGAGGCAGUGAGAGCUAAGGAAGCGAGACUUGAAGCUCAAAAACGGGAAAUUGAGGAGAGACUGAGGCGACAGGAAGAAGAGGAGAAGUUGAAGUUGAGAAAACAGGCGGAGUUAAAAGCGCAACCAAUUAAAAAGUACAAGGAAGUAACCAUCAAGCCGGCGAAUAAAAUUACAAACCCGGUCAGUCCGAAGUUCAGUUCCAGGAUCAGGAACAAGGAGAAUAUUGAGGAAUAAUUUGUAAUUGUUUAAGGUGAUAUUAUUUUUACGUUUUACUUGCUACUUUAUUCGGUUUAUUUUAUUCUGUUAUAAACUGUACAAAUACACAUUACAACUAAUUAGCUACAAA